CCGAGAAUCUUAGGAAGCAUCGGCGCACCGCCUGGGAAAGUCCACCGAAGUCGAAACUUAUUAGCAGCGAAGUGGCCAAGGUCAAGGCUAAAGAACCCUUAUUGUAAUGGAUUUGUUUAGGAAGGAAGAGAGGAUUCCCGCUUUGUGUGACAACUAAUCGUGAGGAUCAAACUUUCAUAUCCUCUUAUUUAAAGUUUGAACUAUCGAAACCGAAAAUGCACGAGACAUUGAGGAAUUUACUCCACAUUGCUGGAUAGGGUUCUUGUCCUAGAGAGAGAGAGAGAGAGAGGAAAAAAUGAGCUUGGCUCCUCCGCCAUUUGCCCUCCCUGCGAAUCUCGCCCCCGAUGAGUCGAGCCCCGGGUGGAUGAGCAAAGGCGACAACGCGUGGCAGCUGACGGCAGCCACCCUAGUCGGCCUGCAGAGCGUGCCGGGGCUCAUGAUCCUGUACGGGGGCGGGGUGAAGAAGAAGUGGGCGGUGAACUCGGCGUUCAUGGCGCUGUACGCCUUCGCCUGCGUCCUCGUCUGCUGGGUCCUGUGGGGCUACCACAUGUCUUUCGGCCACCGGAUGCUCCCGUUCUGGGGCAGGAUCGACGUCGCGCUCGAUCAGGACUUCCUGCUGGCCAAGGCGUUCUCGGGGAUGCUGCCGAACGCGACGAUGGUGUACUUCCAGUUCGUCUUCGCGGCGAUCACGCUGAUCCUCAUCGCGGGGGCCUUGCUGGGGAGGAUGAAUUUCUACGCGUGGAUGAUGUUUGUGCCGCUUUGGCUAACGUUUUCCUACACGUUUGGGGCAUUCAGCAUAUGGUACCCUAAUGGAUUUCUCUAUCGGAAGGGGCUAAUGGACUAUUCGGGUGGGUAUGUGAUUCAUUUGUCUUCAGGAGUGGCUGGUUUUACUGCGGCAUAUUGGGUGGGUCCUCGUCUGAGAAAGGAUAGAGAGCGAUUUCCUCCCAACAACAUCCUGCUCAUGUUGGCCGGGGCCGGGCUCCUGUGGAUGGGAUGGACCGGGUUCAACGGAGGCGACCCUUACGCGGUCAACAUCGACGCCUCGCUCGCCGUCAUCAACACCCACAUCUGCACGGCCACGAGCUUGCUCACCUGGCUCGUGCUCGAUCUCGUCGUCUUUAGCAAGGCCUCUGUGAUUGGUGCUGUCCAAGGGAUGAUCACUGGCCUGGUCUGCAUCACCCCGGCUGCUGGUUUGGUCCAAGGUUGGGCAGCUAUAAUAAUGGGGGUCUGCUCUGGCUCAAUCCCGUGGUUCAGCAUGAUGGUGGUCCACAAGAAAUUCGAGCUGCUCCAAAAGGUCGACGACACGAUGGCCGUCUUCCACACCCACGCCGUCGCCGGGAGCCUCGGCGGGAUCCUCACGGGGCUCUUCGCCGAGCCAAGGUUGAACCGCCUCUUCUUCGCCGGCAAUAUUGAAAAGUACAUAGGGCUCUUCUACGGGUUCCGGACGGGAAGGGUCCAGGCGGGGUUCAGGCAGAUCGGGGUCCAGCUGCUCGGGAUCGUCUUCAUCGUCACCCUCAACGUGGUGGUGACCAGCUUGAUCUGCCUCGCGGUGCAGUACGUCGUGCCGCUGAGGUUGUCGGAGGAGGACAUGGAGAUCGGCGACGAGGCGGUCCACGGGGAAGAGGCGUAUUCCCUAUGGGAAGACGGCAACGACAGCUCAAUCCACGCCGUGCGGGGGGAAGGAUCGGCGCCUGGCAAUAUAGAGAUGGCAGUGAGGAAAAGAAAAGGAGGGGGUCGAGCCGAGACGGUGUAGAAAAAGAGAGAGAGUCAAUUUUAGUUUCGAGGAUAAAGAAGAGGGAUACAUGAAUAAGGGAAAAUGCUUUGUGUGGG